GGGGUGUAUUAGAGAUUUGCCACGUUGCCGUUAACAACAGACUUAACGGCUCACGCUGCACCGGCAGGAUGUAGUUGAGGUUUCACUAACGCACGGAGCGGACAACCUGAAGCUCUUUAAGACUUAACGCACACCUACCUGUGUGUCAGGCUCCUGCCAGCUGCAGUCCUCGCUCGUCCCGACAUGUUAACCGACGUGAUUUUGGAGGAAGAGUUUGACAAGAAUGGAGCAGAGUCUUGGUACGACCCGCAGGACCUGGAGCACGAUCUCCAUUUGGCAGCGGAGCUGGGAAAAACCCUCCUCGACAGGAAUCAUGAGCUGGAGCAGGCCCUGCAGCAGAUGUACUCCACAAACCAGGAGCAGCUGCAGGAGAUAGAGUACCUGACUAAACAGGUGGACCUUCUGCGUCAGAUGAACGACCAACAUGCCAGAGUGUAUGAGCAGCUAGACACGACAGCCAGGGAUCUGGAGAAAGGCAACCAGAGACUAGUGCAGGACAACCGCCUGGCCCAGCAGAAGAUCCAUAGUCUAACAGAGGCCAUUGAAGGGCUUCAGACCUACAUGGAGGACCUGCAGGCUCAGGUUGAUGAGCUUAAGGCUGCCCAGGCCGAGCGAAACAAACGAGAUCUGGCAGAGCAGCGACGCAGCCUCGGAGCACAGAGUGUGUCCUGUAUCAAAGAGCUGUAUGACUUACACAUUGACAGGCAUCCUGCCCGCGAUUGUCUGCGAGUGGACAGACUCUGGUCCCCUCAGGGCUCUUUCUAUGACCGAGACAGACGCCAAGACCCGGAGGAGGAGAACGUGAUUCUCCAGCGCUCCAUCCAGACGCUUCAGAGCCAGAUAGCCAUGGAGCGGAGCCGCAGGGAGGUUGCAGAGCAGGAGAGUGAGCUGACAGCCAGGGAGAACAGAGACCUGGAGCAGAGACUGGCCCUGCUGGACGGCUGCCAGUCCAGGCAGAAGGAGCUGGAGGCCGAAGUGGAGCAGCUGCGGCUCUCGUGGCGCGCUGACUGUGCCAACAGUGUCAGGAGACCGGACCAGCUGCUGUUGCCUGAUACAGUAUUCUUUGCCUCAGACGAAACAUCCAGCACGGGGCAGGAUGUGGUGGAGGAGACGGUAGAAAAGGAUGAGGAGCUGAGAAGAUACAGCCGACAGAGGUGUAACAGCGACAGUGUUUUGAGAGCGACGAACCCAGAUGAGAUUCGUCGCGGUCACGAGCAACUGUGUAUAAGGCGGGUGGAGGCCGUGAAACAGAGGGGUAUUUCUCUGCUCAACGAGGUGGAUGCACAGUACAGCGCACUGCAGGUGAAAUAUGACGAGUUGCUACGGCGGUGCCAGCAGGCUACAGACGAGCUCAGCCAUAAAGCCGUCCAGACGUCCAGCAGCCCCUUUGCGAGCAGCCGGACUCUCCGACGGCUGUCCAGCUCAGCUACACUCUCCAAUCUGACAAUCGUUCUGGAAGAUGGCCAGCAGCCCGAAUACAAGGCGCUCUUCAACGAGAUUUUCACCUGCAUCCAAAAGACCAAAGAGGACCUCAGCGAGAACAGACGCCCAGACAAGGACUGUGAUUCCCGGGGCUCUGCCAAAUGAUGCUAUCAUUCAUCAUCCUGGGACUUGGAGUCAUUUGUGUUUGAUAAAGGAGAAACUUUGAGGUUAUUUUGCUAUAACAAUAUCCAGAGGGUGCAGAUACAUUAAGCACACUCAGUCCCUGUACGUCUUACACGUGCUGCAAUCCUCUUAUCUCCUGUCACUUUGACGCACCCGUGCUUUUGUUAGUCAGCACUGUUCCUUUUAUUCCGUCCUUAUCAAAAUUAAGUGUUAACUUGUUAUGUAAAGAUAAAAAAAAAUGCAUUCCACAGUUCAACAACAAACAUAGAAACUAUAGUGAUGACCGUGGAGCUCUUUACCACUUUACAAAUGUAAAUAAUUAUCAUAUUGAGAUAUUUAUAGUUCGAUAAAUAUGUGAUCAGAUUCUUGGCUAGUAAAAAGUACAUAUCAGUGUGUAGCUUUCCCCCUAAAUUUACAAGUAUUAUGUCCACCAACAGUAUUCGGUGUUUGUAUAAAGUUAACCCGGUGACCACUUGAUCAUUUGGUGCUUGGGAGGGAAAUGCACACAGGUUUAUUGUUUGUGUUUAUAGACGUUGGAGAUGUAAGCUGGUAUGUAUGACUUAUGUAAAGUGAAAAGUUGAAAUGGAAUGAAAAACUGUAGAAAUAACUAAAGACUCAGGAGUUUAUGAUAAUAAGAUUAAGAGCUAGUGUAAGUUGGUAUUUGUAAGUUGGCAAUAGUUGGUUGAGUUGAGGGUCAUUGGCGAGUCACCAGGGAAAUAUCAGUGGAAACUGGAAACAACUCUGCACUUUUAAGACUGAAUCACGUUUUCUGUUUUAUUUAUUCUUUUUGUUGUAGUUUUGUAAGUAUAUAUUUAUUUUCUUUGUCACUAAUUAUGCAUAGAAGUUUGGUCAGAUGAAAGUGACCAGAAGUAAAAUUAAAUAUACACUGAGGUGCUUAUUUUGUUGUUGGUGAUUGAAAAAUUCACAAUAUUUCUUCUGACUUGAACAUUUCCAACUCUGGUUGGUCAGGUUAGCAUAAACAACUAAAAGACAUCACUAACAGUAUAUUCUUAUAACACCUUUUUAAACACAUUCUCAACUAUUGUUGGCUGAACUUUACUAACCUGACAAACCUGGCUUUAAAAUAGUGUCAUUUUACUUUCACUUAGCAAAGUGCUGUUUUAAGCUGUGAAACUUAUACUGCUGCAGAAGCCAUUGCUGUAUGAUCAUAGGUGUCCUCUAUGAAGACUUACAUGUUUUUCUUACAACUAACUAGUAAAAAAAUAUUGAUGCAA